UCGAGUUGGUUAGCUCCGCCUCUUCUCUCCUAUCUAGAAGUUUGCACACCCGGAGCUGAGGCGGAGGCGUCAGUUUCACUCCGGCCUGGGCGGAACUGAGAGGGACGGCGGAGGCGGAAGUGGCGGCCCGCGGGCUGGAGAAGGGUCUGGCUCCGGAAGGAGGAGGAGACCCUGAAAAGAAAACAACAAACAGCUGCUGUGAGAGAGGGGAACAAAAUGGCGGCGCCGAAAGGGAGCCUCUGGGUCAGGGCCCAACUGGGGCUCCCGCCGCUGCUGCUGCUGACCAUGGCCCUGGCCGGAGGCUUGGGGACCGCUGCGGCCGAAGCGUUUGACUCGGUCUUGGGUGAUACGGCGUCUUGUCACCGGGUCUGUCAGUUGACCUACCCCUUGCACACCUACCCCAAGGAAGAGGAGCUAUACGCCUGUCAGAGAGGCUGCAGGCUGUUUUCAAUUUGCCAGUUUGUGGAUGAUGGAAUUGAGUUAAAUCGGACCAAAUUGGAAUGUGAAUCUGCAUGUACAGAAGCAUAUUCCCAAUCUGAUGAGCAAUAUGCUUGCCAUCUUGGUUGCCAGAAUCAGCUGCCAUUUGCUGAAUUGAGACAAGAACAACUCAUGUCCCUGAUGCCAAAAAUGCAUCUACUGUUCCCUCUGACUCUGGUAAGGUCGUUCUGGAGUGACAUGAUGGACUCUGCACAGAGCUUCAUAACCUCUUCAUGGACUUUUUAUCUUCAAGCCGAUGAUGGAAAGAUAGUUAUAUUCCAGUCUAAGCCAGAAAUCCAGUAUUCACCACAGUUGGAGCAGGAGCCUACAAAUUUGAAAGAAUCAUCGCUAAGCAAAAUGUCCUCAGAUCUACAAAUGAGAAGUUCACAAGAACACAGGAACUAUCUUGAAGAUGGAGAAAAUGAUGGCUUUUUAAGAUGCCUCUCUCUUAACUCGGGGUGGAUUUUGACCACAACUCUUGUCCUCUCCGUGAUGGUGUUGCUCUGGAUUUGCUGUGCAACUGUUGCUACAGCUGUGGAGCAGUAUGUUCCCUCUGAGAAGCUGAGCAUCUAUGGUGACUUGGAAUUUAUGAAUGAACAGAAGCUGAACCGAUACCCAGCUGCUUCUCUUGUGGUUGUUAGAUCUCAAGCUGAAGACUAUGAAGAAGCAGGGCCUCUACCUGCAAAAGUGAACCUUGCUCAUUCAGAAAUCUAAGCUUCUCCUCUUUUUCCAAGAAAAGUGUAAUAGAUACCUAAAGUUCUGUUUCUCGUAGGGCUUUUAUGAUUGGUCUCAUUGGAUAUAGGGCUUAAAAAUCAGUAUAAAAUGAAAAUAAAAUUACCCAAAUCUGAGAAGACUGUAUUUGCUAUAACUUUACCUGUAAUUUUUUUCUAGUAAUUUAAGAAAUGGAUAUUUGGGAUUGAAUUUUUAUUUUAAUCUCUGUAGCUACUUUAUUAUUUGCAUUGUUUGGGGGGGGGGGGUUAGCCAAAUUCUAUGAGCUGAUCAUUGUUUCCCCACCUCUCACCAUGAUACCAUCAGUCACUUUAGUUAAUAAGCUGAAUACUCAGUAGGAUAUGAUGCUUCUGCUCAGAAAUGGCCCAUACCCUGUAAUUUGAAAUUUAGCAGGAAAUGCCCUCACACUACAUUUUCAGUUGUAUUGAACUGAAAUCAUUAAAAUUUUAUUUGAAUAAUUA